ACAUUGCUCUUCCUUUGUUAUAUUAUUGCACUCUCUCUCUCCCUCUCUCAAUAGCUUUCAACAUAAGAAUAGAAGAAGACAACAAAGUACAAGAAGAAGAAGAAGCAGCUAAGAGAAUUAAGGUAUUAACAAGCAAGAGACUGAAGACAACCAUUUGAUGGCCGGAGUUGAGAUGGAGGUUGGCCGGAAAAUGUCGAACUUGCUCGGCAAAGACUUGAACCUGAAGGAGACUGAGCUCUGCCUUGGUUUACCAGGCGGAGGUGGAGGCGGAGGCGGUGAAGGCUGCGGAGAGAUGAUGAAGAUCACUGGGAAGAGAGGCUUCUCUGAGACUGUUGAUCUCAAACUUAACCUUCAAUCCAUUGAAUCAGUGGCGGAUCUGAAGGAGAAGAACAAGACUACUACUACUUUGAAGGAGAAGAACCUCCUUCCGUGCACCAAAGAUCCUGCAAAGCCACCAGCCAAGGCACAGGUUGUAGGUUGGCCACCAGUGAGAUCCUUUCGCAAGAACAUAAUGGCUCAAAAGAGCAACUCUGAGGAGAGUGACAAGGCCAAUGGUACUGGUGCAGCUUUCGUGAAGGUUUGCAUGGAUGGAGCACCUUAUCUUCGUAAGGUGGACUUGAAGAUGUACAAGAGCUACCAAGAACUCUCUGAUGCCUUGGCCAAGAUGUUCAGUUCCUUUACCAUGGGUAACUGUGGGACCAAAUCAGGAAUGAUAGAUUUUAUGAAUGAGAGCAAAUUGAUGGAUCUGUUGAACAGUUCUGAGUAUGUGCCUACCUAUGAAGAUAAGGAUGGAGAUUGGAUGCUCGUGGGCGAUGUUCCGUGGGAGAUGUUUGUUGAUUCAUGCAAGCGCCUGCGUAUAAUGAAAGGAUCGGAAGCUAUCGGACUUGCCCCAAGAGCUAUGGAGAAAUGCAAGAACAGGUGCUGAAAAGCCUGGUUUUCAGAGUCCUGCACUGUAGCAUUCAUGCACUAGGACUAAAUGAUAAGAGUACCUGCGCAAGAGAUUAUGUUUAAAUGUGUCUGUAUUUUAAUUUGAUAUAGUACAUAGAUAUCAAAGAUCUGGAGAUUUGUAAGUGACAAGAAGUAAUAAACCUACCUAUUGUCUGGUUUGCCUUAUUACUAAUGUUGUUGGCUUGCUUAAUAAUUACCAUUUUUCCUUCUUUUUUUUUUCUUUUUUUUUUUUUUUUUUUGGUUGUCCUUGCUGUCAUAGUUGUUGUGUGUUUUUAUUCCUUCAGUUGUAAUGCUACAAUUUUUAUUUUUAUUUUCUUGCCCAUCAGAUUCUUCA